GAAAUUUGUGCUGUUAUUCUCCUGAUCAAUUACAUUUCUGGCCUUCAUCAUGUAAAUUAGUGACGGACAGUAUCGAGGAGUAUGAAGGACAACAACUAAAUCAAUUAUUGCUGCUGUUUACGCGUGAUUAAAGUGGCAUGAUGAUAGCUUUAUUUAUUCUCCAUAUUGAAAAGCUAUUUAUGGUCUAAUGUAUAGAGGGCACUCAUUCGAACAACAAUAGUUGCACAACACCUACGGGUACUCACUACUAUAGCGUGGACAGAAGAACCAUAGUCAUUACCAAUAAUGAUCGUAUCAGGAAGCGUGUUACAACCACCACAUCAAUCGGGUUUCAAGAUAAGUGCAGCGUUUCUAUCCAGAAUGUAUCAAAUGUUCCGCGAAGGACAGGAACAGUUGCAGUCGAAUAUUGAUAGAUCUCUGGCCGAUCUAAAAAGGGAUUUGGUGGCGUCGAGAAGUGAAGCAAUCGGCUCGGCGAGCGAUAUUGUGGUUCAUUCCAUUGUUUAUGACCAAAAAUCGAAGCUGAUAUACGAUGAUCCGAUUGUAUCUUCUCAAAACAAUCUGCCUGAUUCGAACAACGAUACUGCGCCGGACUGUGAUGAAUCUGGAGAUGCUAUUAGUGUGGACUUUUCGCGAGGAUCCAUGCUUUGCUUCACGCCGUUUGCCUUACUCAGUCCUGAAGUUACUAUGAAGCACGCUGCUUGGCCGACAUGGAAAUCCCAAACAAGCCGAAAUCCCUACCUUGUCCAGCUAGCACUUCUCUACAUUUCCAAAACAUUCCCCUCGAUCAUGAUGUCGGAUAUGCGUCUGAUGGACCGCUGGAAGCCACGACAUGUGGAUCUAGCCUGUUAUUGGACUCUGGAUUGCUCAAUACUGAUGUAGGCUGCUGUUGAAUGCCGUGUUGCUGCUGUUGUUGAAUGCUGUUGAGGACUGCUGCUGUUGUUGCCGAAUGCUUUACUGUUGUUGUAAUUGAUCAAUUAGUAAUCGUUCUCUAUGAAUCAAUUUCAUACAUUGCAUACUAAGGUUUUUUUUUUAUCAAAAAUGGAUUUACCGUUUUUUAGAUUUGCUCACUCACUUACUUCUACUACUGAUUAUAUUGAGUUCAUUGAGGUGCAUUCUUCCUGGGGCUCGUACAACACAUUCUUAAUUGAUGUUGGAUAGCGGGAACAGAAACAAUGCACGAACGUCCUACAUUCCCCGUGCAGUUAUGCACGCUGCUUUGUUACCUGAUAAAUUAAGUAUAUGUCACACAAAUAUUCAGAGCCUAUGCGCACGCCAACUUAACAAGCUCAGUGAAUUCAAGUUUUGCUUCGAAAACAGUAAUGUUGAUAUUAUCUGUGUUACAGAAACUUGGUUAACCUCUAAUAUUACAGAUGAAGUAAUUGCUGUUGAAGGUUACAGACUUCUCAGAAAUGAUCGGAAUUAUGCCCGUGGUGGAGGUGAUUGCAUUUAUUAUAGAGCUGACUUGGUUUGUCGUAUUGUUGCAGCAUCUGAAAUAAAUAAUACCGAUGGGGAUGAUCUAACAGAAUACUUGUUUGUGGAAGUUUCUGUUAGCAACUGCACUUUUUUGUUAGGAGUCAUCUACAAUCCACCAAGAAAUGACUGCUCUGAAACGUUUGAACAAAAAAUGGCAGAGCUUUCUCUUCAAUAUCAAAAUGUCUUUUUGAUCGGGGAUUUUAAUACCGACGUGGAUGUGGUUAAUGCCAGAUCUGAUAGAUUUCGGAGCGUUCUGGACAGCUUUGACAUGCAUUUGAUUAAUCACGAACCAACACACUUUCAUCCUGGUGGCUCUUCAUUGAUUGACUUGUUUCUGACGAAUAACCCAGACUUAAUCAUCAACUUCAAUCAAGUUGCCGCAGCUGGAUUUUCAAUGCAUGACAUGAUUUUUGGUACUUUAAACAUGUCUCGUUCAAAUAUGCCUAGCUACCAAACAUUCAGGGAUUAUGCUCAUGUUGAUUACUCUGCGCUCAGUGAUGCUCUUUGUUCAAUAGAUUGGAAUCAAUUAUAUUCCAUCACUGAUUCUGAUAUCGCUUUAGACUUUUUCAAUCUUCAUUUAGUUCAACUUCAUGACUGCUUUAUUCCACUAAAAGUUUUCAAACCUAGAAAUCAGAAUAGUUGGUUCAACAAUGAAAUUCAAUUAGCUAUAAUAGAAAGAGACACAGCAUAUCGUUUAUGGCUAUCUGAUAGAUGUCAGAACAAUCAUGACCAGUAUAAACGCUUACGUAACCGUGCAAAUCAUAAGAUAAAACAAGCUAAAAUAAGAUACGUUUCGCAAACUGUUAACAAUUCGCUGUCCAGUAAAGAUCUUUGGCGAAGACUGAAGCAGCUCAAUGUAACACAAAGCUCUAAGUCAUCAACACAGCCAUUGAAUACAUGUGAUGAAAUAAAUACUUACUUUGCUAGUAAUUUUUCGGAAGCAUCGACGACUGUUCCAAUUUCUCCUGAAAACUCUCAAGGUCUGCAUUUUUGUCAAGUAACUGAGUAUGAAGUUAUAAAUGCGAUUGAUUCUAUUAAAUCCAAUGCUGUAGGAUUUGACAACGUUCCACUGAAAUUAGUUAAAAUGAUUCUACCGCACAUAAUAGCCCCGAUCACCUAUUUAUCCAAUGCCGCUGCUGGAGCCAACUUACUGAUAUCCGAUGUCGGUUCCAACAUUGGUUAG